AUGGCCGAGCUCAUCAUCAACAAAAAGGAAAGAAGGAAAAGCCUGAGUGUUUUCAGUGCUGCCUCCAAUGGUCCUACCACCUUGCAUCGACAGGGCGUCCAUGAUCGUUCACCGUCCGACGAUGUGCCUCCUCGAGGGAAGAAGCUUCGCCGCAACUCUGGAUUCUUUGGCCGGUCCCAAAGUCCUAAUCGGUGGGCCAGCGGGGGGAAUGUGCUUCGUCGGCCGGGAACGGCAGGCUCGGACUCGGCGGGUCGGUCGCCGGCCAUGUCGGCGAGCACGCCGCCACUGGACACAUCGGUACGGCCGCGUCGAAAAUCGUUACAGAAGAAACGGAACUCGGUAUUUGGGUCGUUGAAGCCAUUGACCACUGGCGAAGAUGGGGAUGCGCUGGCCGCGUCCGUCGCCUCAUGGGGAGAAGAGCCGCAGAGCGCGGUUCACCCGCGCCAUGGCAUCUGCUCCUCCGCCAUCCUCCAUCAUGGCGAGGUGCAGAUGAUGGGCGGCAUGUGGAAGCGAAAGAGCCAGUAUCUCGUCCUCACGGAUACAUACCUGAUUCGAUUCAAGAACCAAGCCAAGGCCGCCGAUGCCUUUCCGUCCAUCCCCGCAUCGUACAGCGCUCGUGCCCCGUCCUCCCAUCGCCAAUCCGUCGCCUCGAUCAGUUCGCUGCAGGACACGCAACUGAUGGUGACCACGGAUGCCGCCGCCGGUAUCCCGCUCAACAGCAUCAUUGCAGUCUACAUGCUGGAAGAUGGACGCGUCUCACCAACGGUCGAAGUGGCUUACCUGGAUGAACGGACACACAAGGCGGCUUUGGUGCAGAUGCAGACGGCCGAUCUGCAGGAAUUGAACUUGUGGAUGGUGGGGAUUCGCCAGGCAGCGCAAAUGGCGCGCGCCAACGACCCUCUGCCCUUUGACCGCGGCUCGGUCGAGUACGUCACCAGAAUGCUCGAACACGAGCGAGAUUACGACCCGGAGGUGUUCCAGAUGUACUGCGUCAUUCAAAUUGCGUCCAGCAAGUCCCCCACGACCCGAUCAUCGUCUGACGAUCUGACCAAGUUGUCGCCAACGGGAUGUUACUUGGCUGUCGGUUUACACAAGGUCCAUCUCGUGCCAAUGCAGAAAACCGCCCAGCGACCGUCCGUGGUCUCCUUGGCCGAUCUGGAGACGGGGGCCUCCUUUGGUCUCAUGAAUCUGACGGGUCUUUCCAUGGAGUACGGAGACGACAGUCUGCACCUCACUUUCCGGGUUCCCCUGCGCAAAUCGUUCAACGUCUUUUUGGCCUCGGUCCACUCGGUCGAGGUGGCCCGGUGGAUUCGACAGCACACCGAGUUUCUGCGCCCGCUCUGGACGAGACAGCCGUAUGAUUUUGUGGUCCCGCGCGAGUUGCAGAACGACGACAACUUUCCUCCCGCGACGUUGGACGAGGAUUACGGUUGCUUUGACCGCACUUUGGUGGCUUAUUCUGCGAGUUAUGACAUCGACACGUCAAACAUUCGAUACACGAUUGAUCUGGAAUGUGAGGAUGCCCCGUGCUUCCGUCUCCUUCGGCCGGCCUCCAAGACCCAUUCGCGCUACAGUGCGCUGGAACUCAUCGCGGUCAUGCGAGCGUUACGAUAUAACGAGUCUUUCCGAUCCAUCUCAUUCCGUGGAAUCAAUCUCGACGCGCUGCAAGGAUUGCGCGAUAUCCACGAGGCCGACUUGGAUGUGCAGCUCGACAAAGCCGGCUCUCUGGUCAACAUUCCGGGAUCGACAAACUUGACGGUCUUGUCACAGGAGGUCCGCGCUCUGGCGUUGAAGAGCAAAUGGCUGCGUCGACUCGAUUUUGCCUACUGUCUCACUCGCGUCCCCACUCUGGACAAGGGAAGUCGUGAUCCGGGGUGUGGAAUUCCCGAGGCCCUCUUCCCCGUCUGUCGCCGGGGUCUCACCACCGUGGACUGGGUCGUGCUGAAUGGCAUCAAGCUGGGCGAAUCGGAUUUGGAUUAUCUGGUGGACGCCGCGUCGCAGCGAAAGAGUCAAUUGCGAGCGUUGGAGGUGGGCGACUGUGGCCUUUCCGUGCACGAUCUGAACGUUUUGCUUUCCACCCUCGUCGCACAGGAAAAGACCCUGGAGGUGAUCAACAUUUCGGGAGUCCAAGGCCGCCUGAGUCCGGACGUCUUCCAGCAGUACAUUGGCUAUUUUCGCCGUCUUCGUAAGAUCAAUCUAUCGCGCAUUUCACGCACCUCCGGACCCGAACCGCUCAUCACAGCAGAGACGCUGUUCAACUGGGAGCUUGAAGAACUGGUGCUCAGCCGGACCGCACUCAAUCGUGAGACGGUCGAUGCUAUUUCGACCUACCUGGCGAGUGAUCGCUCGCGCAAUCUGCGUAUGCUUCGAUUGGACCAGUGCGGCCUGAGUGGCGAGGACGUCGCCAUGUUCAUGCACUCGAUGUCGCUGAGUGGUUCAGAGUCACCGCGCAGUCUGCACCUGCAUGCCAAUGAGAACCGUCUCGACAUUGGUUGCUCAUUCCUGUUCGAUGCCAUCGGCAAGGACAUGACCCCGUCGCAUCUUUCGAUGCAGAUGAUCGAUUUCAAAAAGGAGGACCAUUUUCGCCAACUGGUCGACGCCGUCCGCAGGAACCGCACACUACGAUACCUCGACAUUUCCAAAGCCUCGUUGCCGUACGAUGCCGGUCCUGAGACCUGCCGAGCACUGCAGUUGAUGUUCGAAGAGAAUGAGACCUUGGAAGCGCUCGACAUCAGCGGGGAGAAUGCGCAUCUCGAUGUGGCUCGAUUUGGAAUCGGCCUCAAUCUCGCUUUGACUGGGUUGAAGAAGAACAAGUCUCUCAAGGUUCUGCGGAUCGAGCAUCAAAAACUGGGACUUCAAGGGGCAAACACCCUGGCGUCGGUACUUGAAGAGAACGAGUCUCUUCGGGAGGUCCACUGCGAAAAUAACGAUAUCAACCUGCAGUCCUUUACCGUUCUGGUCAAUGGAUUGCAGUGCAACCACACCCUGCUCAGCCUGUCGUUUAUGGAGCGUGACCGAGUUCUUUCGCUCGAAAAGGUCCGCCGAGAGGUUGAUAACAUCCGUUGGGAUGCCAACCAUGUACCUACUUCGACGGCCAACUCCAUCCGACGUUCACUCCACGCCGCAAUGACCGUCCGUCCUGCUGCCCAUCAUCGGCUCAGCAAACAGAUGCCCGCCGGUGGAAACGCCUCCCACUCUUCUUCUCCCGAUGCGGCCGCUUUUGGUUCUCAAAAUGUGGAAUUGAUGUUACGAUCACUGCAGCACAAGUGGGACGUGGAGGUGAUGCGAUUGCAGCGCUACCUGCUCCGGAACUACAACAUCGCCAAUGGCCUUCAGGAUGACUUGGCCGACGAGACCUCCAGUGAGAGUCGUCCGGGUACCGCUGCUAGCCUUGGAACCAUGCUUGAGAAUCUCAAAUUCGACGUUGCCGUUUCGGCGGAUGAGAUUCGCGCCUCGCCCCCGGACGCACACUCUCCACUUCAACUGAGUCGGACCACCUCGCGAGACACCCAACCAAUUCAGAUCAACGUUCAGACCAAGACGAACCAAAGCCCAAGCCUGACGAUGCAACCCCCUCGGACUGCCCCGCAGGCCACCCGUGCAUCUCAAAUUCUCCCACCAGAGUACGCUUCAUCCGGGCCCGAUUCUGGCCGGCUGGCUCUUCCUGUGCCCGCGGUGCCUUCUGCGGUCAAAAAGACAAACAGUGUCCGCAGUGCUCGAAGUUCGAGUACCGUGUCGACGGGGACUGGCAGCGGCCGCAGCACUUAUGGGAUGGCGUCAUCUGCACUCCGGGGAUUUUUGACGGGCAAUGCCUUGAAGGAGAAACGACGGGUGGAAGCCAUGCGUCCAGUAUGCAUCGCUCCAUCAAUUUCGUCUUCGACGGACAAGCCACCGCAACUGGACUGGAGUCCUCCCAAAUUGGACCUGCAGGAACUGCAAUAG